AUGGUUGGGAAUCUCAGAUUCAACUUUGCUAGCGUGUCGCACUUGCUCGCCAAAAGAGUCAUCAUACCCUUUGACUGGACCUUCCUCCACCACCACACGGCGCCGAUGAUCGGCAGCACCUCAAUAGUGUCUGAAUCAAGGGAAACUUUCAUCUUCCCGGCCGAUGCUUCUGACAUGCAUCUCCACCCACUCGGAUUCCCGACCAUCGCCAACGGAACCCGGCUCAAGCCUCUGGUACACGCCAGCCAACUAGUGAAAGCUCAAGUCUCUCGCCGAUCCAUACUCGAGCACUUGGCUGCAACCUUGGCCGAGAACCUGUCGUGCUUCCGGUACUCUCAUGCAUUCUCAGACCACCGACAUGGCUCGACACGCCCUACUGCCGUCACGCUGUCGUCCGACACCAAAAGCAGUCAGUCGAAUCUCCCAGCGCCCUACCGGAUGACAUUGACGCAAAAGACAAAGACAGCACUAGCACCUGUUCAGAAUAAUAUGUACUCGCAAUGUCGCGGACCUCUGCUCUCGGAGCUCAAUCGGAGCCGUGCCAGACUCCAGCCGUUGCCAUCUCCAGACUGGGGAAUGGGGAAUCAGAACAGAGCUAAGAGAGCCGCCCCCGCGACACCACACAAGAAGCAACUCAAACCGAGGAUCCGCGACCCCAGCAAUCUGCCAACGGCUGCAGCGAGCCAACGUCCAAAAUGUCACAUUAUUAUCUGCCUCCCUGCGGCCUGCCACUCCCUUCAACACCAAGUUGUGAUAAGACGCACGAGACAGCAGGAGAACCACGGCCGGGCAGCCAGUGGCAUACUUUUCAGCCUGCUGCCGAGGAGAAGUCUUCAGCUUGAAUUCGUUCCAUCACCCUCCACGACGACUGCAGGCAAGGGCGUAUUUUCAAGCAUAGGAGCAGGGUACAAGCACACGACAGGUACAGCAAGUAACGCAAGUACCUCUACCUCGAUUCAAUCGUUUUCACCCUCAAACAUACGCGAGGUGGAUAUCGCAAUCCAACGGACAAACGACGUGGAUGAGAAGGAAAAAACUAAUUCAGAUACAAAGUUCGCAAAAACACACGACAACCGGCUGGGCUUUACGUACACGGAAUCGAUGUCUAAUGAGAUCCAUCCAGGGGCGCGGCGCUUUGCCUUUAGGUGCCUGGCGGCUGUUGCUGGCAUUACACGAGAUCCAUGCCAUCGGGUCCCCUUGACGUACACGGUUGAAAGUGGACUCCCGCGGCGGAGGCACAUCGGCCACCCGGUUCGGCCUCCCGUUAGCGGUCGAUGCCCUCUGUUAAGCCGGUGGAUCCCCUGGUGGUCUGGGGCCCUGGAGGUUGCCAUGAUCCAUCCGAAGGGUGCGCUUAUUGGGGCUGAAAAUUUUACACUCGAUCCCACGCCUUCAAAGUUGCAAAGGUCUCGAAUGGCCACUCGCGGCCUCGCCAAGGUAGUGGCCGCAUGGACCAUUGGAUGGCUCACACACCAUGGAACAUGCAAAAGAACAAACAGAGGGAAGCCAUUACUCUCACAUCACGAAUGGUCGGGUACCGCAGGAGAGAACCCGAAGAGUACAGCUGCCCACGUUGCGGCCUACCAGGAGCGCAAUUGGAUAUCAAGUAACAACAGCCGCACGACGAUGGCUGGAACGAGCCAAGUACGUCAGGCCAAGGCACGGGAGCAAGCGGAUCUUGAAAAGUUGAGACAAGACAAACUUGAGGCUCCAUCGCGGAACAGAAUGGGGCUCUUCGGGUUACAGUUUACGGCGCAUCACUACCUGCAAUGCUGCAUGGCCAUGCUGUGCGGCUCCUUUGGGUGCAUACGGGAAACAAGCCAAAUGACGAUGGUGCAAUACCACGAAUAUCCCGAGCAGAACAUCCACUUUGAGCCGACGACAAACGAGCCGUGGAUGGCCGCGGUCUACGAUGGCACAUGGGUGUUUGCGAUGUCGACGGUCGGACAAGUGGAGUGCCAUAAGCGCCAUCUGUCCAAGGGAAAAGGACCCACGAUGCGCCUUUGGAUGGACAGCACUGGAGACAUGCUGGAGACAUCCCACGCUCCGGAACGAGAGCCUACGAUGAUGGGAUUCCGCCUCCAAUCGGGACGGGGACAUCCUUCGGACGACGGAUGGGACAGCCUUUUUCGAUUCCGGGUCAUUCCCAGACUACGAAAAGGCGUCAUGCACACAUGGCCAUGCACCCACCAUGCGCCCUACAUACCGCUGAUGUGCACCGCGCCCUGCAGAGCGCCUCAUGUCAAUGUCGCUAUUGCACUAGUAGGCUGGUGGACAGGCCAUAGAUAA